CUGCUAUGUCCCACUUCUGUUCAUUGCAGGACAGAAUGAAAUCUCAGGUAACCUUCCGACAUCAGAUUGAAGUCCAAACCUGAAGGACCUGUUUGCUGCGUUAUUGUACAAGGAAGAGAACAAGGAAACAAAAGUAUUUUUCAUUUACCUCUUAGUGUGGAUGCAUGUCUCUCAUGGACACAUAUACGGACAGAUUUAAAUCUCAGUCAUGCUCUGAACCUCCCACAUCAGAUUGAAAACCUGAAGGACUGGUUUGCUGACUUGGAAGACUUUGUGUUAAGACAACAAGGAAACAGCAGUGUGUUUUUCAUUUGUAUUCCCGUGUGGAUUACAGCUUUCUCAUGGACACAUAUAUGAAACUCCUUGUUUAGAUACAACAUGUAAAGGAAAAGACUGCGAGAUGUGAGAUUGUGGUCAAGCUAAAGAAACCUUGAAGGGUUGUUUUGUGGCUACAAACUGGAAACUUUGUGCCAGCCACAUGGAGAGGACAUCAAUAUGCCAUGACUGAGUGUGUGACAGACUGUAUAAGCUUCUAUGUGCACAACCACACAGCAGAACUGUGAGAUGCUUCUCCAAUAACAAACCCUGGAUCACCAAAGAACAUUUUACAAUGAGUCGGACUGAGAAAAAAAUUGAGGCAUUCAGGCCCUCAAAUGAUCGUCUGUCCUCCAAAAUUAACGCUCAGAUUGGACCUCAAAGUCUUGAACAGGAAAUGAGGAAUUCUUCUACACCGAGUGUUGUGUCACUUAAGAGCGAGAAAUCAAUGGAUUUCCCUCUCAAUUAUAAAGAUUCUUCAUAUUCAGAUUUUGGGGAAAAAAUGAGGAACUCUUCUACACCGAGUGUUGUGUCACUUAAGAGCGAGAAAUCAAUGGAUUUCCCUCUGAAUUAUAAAGAUUCUUCAUAUUCAGAUUUUGGGGAAAAAAUGAGGAACUCUUCUACACACAACACUGUGUCCCUAAAGAGUGAGAAAUCAAUGGAUUUCCCUCUGAAUUAUAAAAAUUCUUCAUCUUCAGGUUUUGGGCAGAAAAAUAGAAAGUCUUCUGCACCAAGCAUUUUGUCCCUAAAGAGCGAGAAAUCAAUGGAUUUCCCCCUUAAUUAUAAAGAUUCUUCAUAUUCAAGUUCUUGGCAGAAAAUGAGAAAGUCUUCUACACCGAGUGUUGUGACCCUAAAAAGUGAGAAAUCAAUGGAUUUCCCUCUCAACUAUAGACAUUCUUCAUUUUCAGGAUUUGACCAGGAAAUACCAAAGGAGACCAGCAGUUUUCAUACAGACCUUCACUCAGUUUUUGAGAGACUUGAGAGGGAAACUGUAACUUUUAUCAGACGGAAGCUGAAGAAGUUCCAUCGGCUGUUAACUACUAAUUACCCAAAACACCUUGGGAGACGUAAUGUGACUAAAAACGUGCUGCAAUGUGAGGAAGGAAGGAAGAUCUUUGGUGGAGAAGAUGAGUUCAGGAACUUUCUUCGGGAAUUUUUGAGGAUGACGAAGCUUGGAGACCUCGCUGAUAUUCUGUCUUCCAAUCACUCAACCAUGAGCCCAUCUAAGGAUAAAGAUAUGUCACAAAUGUUCAAACUCUCUGAAGAUGAUGACCAACAGUUCAAAGAUGAAAGAAAUAGAUUAAAUCCUCUUCAUAGAACGUCCCAGAAGGCAAACAUGGAAGCAACAUUUAAGAAUCUUGAGGAAAACGUUGUUACUUUUGUUGACAACGAGCUAAAGAGUUUUCAUAAGCUCUUAUACACAAAUCCCCUGCAUAGCCAAGAUGAGGAUGAAGCAGUUGUUAACUGGGAGGACGAGCAGAAGAGGAUGACCAAAGAAGCUUUUCUGAACAUGAUCCUGGAGUUUUUAAGGAGAAUGAAGCAGGAAGAGAUGGCCUUUGCUCUACAUAACAAGAGCCUGGUGUCAAAAUGCCAAUGUAAACUCAAAUCCAACCUGAAGAUGAGGCUAGCAUAUGUGUUUGAAGGAAUUACAAAAGAAGGUCAUCCAACCCUUCUUAAUAAGAUCUAUACUGACCUCUACAUAACGGAAGGACGUGAAGAGGUCAUCCGUGACCAUGAAGUGAAACAGAUUGAAAAAGCUCUCGUAAAAAAAAUGGACCCACUAACAAUCAAAUGUGAAGAUAUUUUUAAACCUACCACUGGAAGAGAUAAACCUGUCAGAACAGUGAUGACAGAGGGAGUAGCUGGCAUUGGAAAAACAGUCUUGACACAGAAGUUUGCACUGGACUGGGCUGAAGGAAAAAAUAACCAAGACAUCCAGUUCACAUUUCCAUUUUCUUUUAGAGGACUGAACAUGGUGAAGGAGAAAAAGUUCAGUUUGGUUAAACUUAUUCAUCUCUUCUUUCCUGAAAUGAAAGAAGCUGGAAUCUGCUCUUUUGAACACUUCAGAGUUUUGUUCAUCUUUGAUGGUCUGGAUGAGUGUCGAUUUCCUCUGGAUCUCAAAACCAAAGAGAUCCUUACAGAUGUUACACAGUCCACAUCAUUAGAGGUACUGCUGGCAAACCUUAUCAAGGGGAGGUUACUUCCUUCAGCUCGAGUCUGGAUCACAACUCGACCUGCAGCAGCCCAUCAGAUCCCUCCUGAGAUUGUUGACCUGAUGACUGAAGUGAGAGGAUUCAAUGAUCCUCAGAAGGAGGAGUACUUCAGAAAGAGAUUCACAGAGGAAGAGGAAAGCAAAAUGGUCCUGUCUCAUAUCAAAUCAUCAAGAAGUCUCUACAUUAUGUGUCACAUCCCUGUCUUCUGCUGGAUCAUUGCUACUGUUCUAGAGGACACCAUUAAAGCCAGAGAAGAAACAGACCUACCCAACUCACUGACAGAGAUGUAUGUCCUCUUCCUGGUGGUUCUGUCCAAAGUGAAGAAUGUCAAGUAUGACGAAAAGGCUGACAAAAAUGCCUUCUGGACUGCAGAGACCAUGGAAAUGAUUAAAUCCUUGGGAAAACUGGCCUUUGAGCAGUUAAUGAAAGGCAACCUGUUCUUCUAUGAAUCUGACCUGACACAGUGCGGCAUUGAUGUCAGAGCAGCCUCAGUGUAUUCAGGGGUUUUCACAGAGAUCUUUCAGGAGGAGAAAGGGUUUUUCCAUCAGAACAUGUUCUGCUUUGUCCACUUGAGCAUUCAGGAGUUUUUGGCUGCUCUUCACGUCCAUCUGACAUUCAUCAACACUGGUGUCAAUCUGCUGGCUGAAGAGGAAUCAAUCUCACCUGGGUCAAAGAUGUCUCAAGAACAAUUUGAGCACUUCUACAAGAAUGCUGUAGAUAAAGCUGUAGACAGUCCAAAUGGCAAACUGGAUCUGUUUCUAAGAUUCCUUCUUGGUCUUUCUCUGAAAACCAAUCAGAGGCUCCUCCAAGGCUUUGUGACAGAAAGAAAAAUAUCAAGCAGUUCAUUGAAAAACAUAGCUCUGUACAUGAAGAAGAAGGUUGAAAAGAUUCUGUGUCCAUUUGAUAAAGCCAAUUUAUUUCACUGUCUAAAUGAACUGAAGGAGCUUUCUUUAGUGACAGAGAUUGAACAAAUCUUGAAUUCAGGAAAACUGGACACAGAAAAAUUGUCAAAAGUUCAGUGGGCAGCACUGAUCCACAUUCUGAUGUCUUCAGACGAUUAUGAGAAAAACUUCGAUGUGAGAAAAUAUUAUAUUUCAAAGCAGGCUCAACAGAGUUUUGCACCACUCUUAAUAAACUCAACUACAGCUGUACUCAGUUGCUGUUUCCUGAAUGAGGAAAGCUACCCACUAUUGGGAUUUAUUAUCAGCAUUCCAUGCUGUUUAUUGAAAGAUUUGGACCUGAGUAACAACGACAUGAAAGAUUCAGGACUGAAGCUGCUGUGUGAAGGCAUUUCCAAACCAGACUGUAAACUUGAAACUUUAAGGUUGUCAGGUUGUUUAAUCACAAGAGAAGGUUGUGAAGUUCUGGUAUCAGCUCUGGCUUCUAACCCAUCUCACCUCAAAGAACUGGACCUGAGAUACAAUUACCCAGAAGAACAUGGAGUGGCACUCCUCUCUGCUGGACUGGAAAACCCAAACUGGGCAUUAACAACUCUUAGGGUGGAGCCGAGUGGAUUACAGUUUUUAAAACCCGGUCUGGCCAAGUAUGCUGUUGAACUCAUCCUGGACUCCACCACCACACACAGAAACCUCACACUGUCUGAAUUUAACAGAAUAAUGACAAUGGGACAAGGAGAGAAAGUCUCUUGGUUUGAUGCUGAGGAGGAGCUGCUGGGUAAACAUGAUCUCACUGGUCGCUGUUACUGGGAGGCAGAGUGGAGAGGAAAAGCUUCCAUUGGAGUGACGUACAAAGAAAUCAGAAGGAGAGGGGAAAGUAAUCGCUGUGGUCUUGGAAUGAAUGAUCAGUCAUGGGCUUUGUUGUGCUCAAAGGAAGGAUUCUCUGUUCUGCACAACAACAAACUAACUAAAAUCUAUGUAGAUCCCUCAAACAAAGUAGGGGUGUAUGUGGACUGGCCUGGUGGCACUGUGUCUUUCUUUGGGGUUUUCCCUGACAAAAUGACCUACCUUCACACCUACAAUACCAAAUUCACUGAACCUGUGUAUCCUGUUUUGAGAAUAGAGCCUGAACCUAUAAAAAAUUAGAAUAGCCACUAUGCUGUAACUACUAAAACAGUCAGAAACGGUCCUACUAACCAAUGAUAUAAAUAUGUAUGAUUACAUUCCUGAGUUCAUGGAGAAUCGUGAAGUUAAGUUGCACUACUGUCCAACAGAUGACAUGAAGGCAGAAUAUUUCAACAAAGCCUCUUGCAAGACAGAAGUCUGAGUAUCUUAGGAGAGAUAGUCUUUUAUUUUUCUAAUGUAAAUAUGUGAUAUAAUGUUCUGCCAUGUUGUUGCAUUGUAACAUGGAUAUGUUUCUUCUGAAUAGCAGUACAAUAAUAAGCAAGAAAGGAAAAUCACUGAUAAGUUAGUCUAGUAAGUUUUUGAGUUAAGUUUAUUAUUUAAACAUUAUUUUGUAUCUUUAUGCUAUGUCAAAAUUAAGAGUGUAUACUGAAUGUUAAGGGAGAGGCUACAAUGCUGCCAUCUGGUGCAUCUUUUAAGUAUUCCAUAAAGUAAAUAAACAUGUUGAAACGUUAUUCUCAUCAGUUUAAUAUGGCCGUUAAUCACUUGUUUUUAAUGACUUACUCACUUCAUGUGUGAUUUGUAAGAGGAUACUGUGUGUAUGGAUGUAUAUAUUUAGACAAAUGUAAACCCAGAUAAAAUGGAAAUGUAAUUAACCUAAGUUUAUUUUUUAUUACUUUUGUUUUAUUUAAUAAUGAGAGUCCAUCUGAAAAUAGUGUAUGAAUUUAUGGGAUAGGAGUUCAUAAGUUUCUUACUUCUUCCUACUCCUUUUUGAGCAAGUUAAGAUUAUUGUAGCACAAAAAUAUGAGUUUUUUUCAUUGCUUGUUCAUGUGUGUGAUUUUAUAUUUCUAUCAUGCUCAAAAAUAAAUUAAAUACAUAAAUAAAUAUUU